CGUUGAAAGUUUGAAUUAGUUUGAAUGUUUACAAGUGGUUAUAAUUACAACAACAAACGUUUUCAAUACUUUGUAAAUAAAUAGUUUUGAAAUUAAAAAGUUAGUGUUAAGAUAUAUAAAAUUUUUCUUUAGUUAAUAGUUCUUAAACUAUAAAUAACCAUGAGGAAAACUUCGAAUGGUCGUAAAUCUUCUCUGAAUCCUGUCAGAGUAUCGAUACUGGAUAGAGAUGAUAAAGUUAGAUCUGAGCCCAGGGUAUCAAAUAUUAGUAAAUCAAAAGCACUCUCAGGUACUGAUAACUCUCAAAUACCUAGACCUCGGAUCCGGAGUGCUUCAUCUGAACGAGGGAGUAUCAGGCGUUCCAAUUUAAAACCACCGACUGUUUUAGGUAAAAAAGCAUCUCUUGGUUCGCAUAAUCAGUUGACUACUCCAAUAACACCACGAGUAAGUUCGAAUAAACCAUAUCUGGACUUACCAACAGGACCUAGAGGAAGAUCGCCAUCAGCUGAACGUGCCAGUGGGUUAAAUAGUAAUAAUUCAUCAAAAAAAGAUACAAGACCUCUUAAUGACAAGAAUUUUCAAUCGCAAAUGCUUAAUAGAAUUGAUACUUUUUUCAAUGACGCUCACCAGUCAUCAAUGCUCAAUGCAAAUGGUAGUUUAAGACCGGUAUCUUUAAAAAUUUUUGUAUCAGCAUCAGAUUUUUUAUUGAAACUUCUUCAUGUUAAACAAGAGCUGAGUUCAAAUAAUUAUAUGGAAGAAUUACCAAAAAUAGCUAAAAAAAUUCAUUAUCCUGGUACGAUGGCUAAGUCUUGGUUGAAAACAGCAAACACAAUGCACUCUUGGCCGCAUGUACUCGGUUGGUUAUCAUGGCUUGUCGAAAUUUCCGAAGCCAAAGUGGUGGCUUUUGAAAAAUUUCAAUUACACAGCAUACCAUUCGUUGACGAUGAAGAAGGUGAAAUAAUAAAUCGUAAUAAAUUUACAAAAUUAUUGGAGCUCUACAUCGCUUGGAAUGAUGGACAGUUUGAGCAAGAGGAAGAUUUAAUAAAAAAAUAUGCAGAAAACAUUGCUGAUAAUCUCGGUUGUACUGAUGAAAAUAAAGUUCGUGUCGAUGAAGAAGCUUUAGAAACUAAAAAAAAGUACGAUGAACUUGAUAAACAGUAUGAACAAAUGUUAAAUAAAUUUCAAGAGUCGAAAGACCAAAUAAGAUUGUUAGAAGAGGAUGAAAUGAAACAAGAAACUUAUGAAAAUGCUCAAAUUCAAACGUCGAAAGAUGAACAAAUUAGAAUUCAAAAGUUAGAAAAUGAUACUGAUAAUUUAAACAAAGAAAAAGAAAGAUUGUUGAAGAAAAAUAAUGAACUUAAUGAGUGUAUAAAAACCCAGUCGAUGACUGUUGAAGAGCGCGAUGAAAUAGUGAAAAAAUGUGCCGAAUUAACUAAAUAUUUGAAAACAUUCGAUGAACAUUUAGAAGAAUUGCGCAGAGAAGUUUGGACUCUCGAUAUAAAAUAUUCAAGUAUGCUUGAUAAAUUGAAUUCCGCUGUGUUAGCCUACAACAAAGAUAUUGUUAUUAAUAUUACGGAAAAUUCGGAUCUAUACACUUUACCAUGUAGUUCGUUGAAUGAUUUUAAGAUAAUGAAUGAUCUCAAACCCAAAGUUGAUGCUAUUAAACACUUAAAUGACAACAUGAAAAAGCAAUAUAAUAAUUUUACAUCAAUGAUUAAUUUGCAUAUGAAUCAGCUGGAGUCUUUGCAAGAUAAAAAAAAGUUAAUGGAGCAAGAAAAAGAUGAAAGGUUGUCGAAAAAUGAUGAAAAAAAACUUUUGAUUAAAAAUAUUAAAUUGCGCGCUAAACAGGAUGAAACUAAACUGCGUGAUUUAAAUAAAAAGUUAGAAGAUGAAAUUAAAAGUCUUAGAGAAUCACUUCCAGAUAUCCAGGUAGAAGUUAAUGAAUUACUUGAAGCUCAGGAAAAAUUAGAUGCUGUAGAAAGGCGUAGAAUAUAUUUAGAAAAUUCUGCUGAAAAAUUUUUCCAUAGGUUUUAUGAAUUGUUAGCUAAUGAAAAAAAAGAAUUUUCAAAAAACUUUGAUAAAAUACUGGAAAUUUGAGUUGUGUCAUUAUUGUCAUAAUUAAUUGUAAUUUUUUAACUAUCGGGCAUGAUUUUUUUUUUUUUUUACUUUUGUAUUAUAGAGAUGGAGUAUGUUUUAAAUAAAAAUAAAUUCUU